AUUUGUUCAUGUCCAUAAUCGUAGUAAACUUGAACCGCGGGCUAAGAAGUGUAUUUUUGUAGGAUAUGCCCCAAGUCAAAAGGGAUAUAAGUGUUAUGAUCCACAUGCUAGGAAGAUAAUUGUCACAAUGGACCUAACUUUCUUUGAGUCGCAACUCUAUUUUACUACUCAUCUUCAGGGGGAGUAUCAUGUAGGUGAAGAUUCUUUUUUUUGUGAUAUUGAGGAAACUAGAUAUCAAGCAAAUGAGGAGCCUGAUAUUACAAUAAAUACUGAUGUGAGAGAUGUAGGAGAAGAUAUAAAUAAAUGUGAUCCAAGAGAUGAUAAAGACCAAAGUGACUUAAAUGAUAAAAACUCAAAAAUUGAACUUGAACCUGUAGCGCCUUCAAAUGACAAAAAUAAAAAUGGGAAUAGAGAACAAAAAACAGAAAUGCAGGUGUAUUCGAGAAGGAACCGAACUCAAGAAAAAAAGACCGAAAAUUCUCAACACUGCCAAAAAUCAGUCCCACAAGACCUUACUGUAAUUCAAGGAUGCUCUACAAGUUCCCGAGUGGAAGGAGGCUAUUUUGGAGGAAUUGCGAGCUCUUGAAAAAAAUGAGACAUGGGAGUUAGUGGAUUUACCUGAGGGAAAGAAACCAGUGGGUUGUAAAUGGGUGUUCACCACCAAAUUCAAAUCAGACGGAUCCUUGGAAAGGUAUAAGGCCCGCCUAGUAGCUAAGGGAUUCACGCAGACAUAUGGCAUUGACUAUCUCGAGACGUUUGCUCCAGUAGCUAAGCUAAACUCAAUUAGAGUUCUG